UGAUAAUGACCUCUCAUGUGGCACAGUUCAGUCAACGGCACCAUAUGAAAAGGCCACAGAAAUCCCUUGGUUUCAGCAUUUUAUGUUCACUGAAUCAAAAUAAACAAAAUGCCAUCAAACUGGAAGAGGCCAGCUGAUGUUGCAUUUCCUCAAGUUUGGGCUAGGUGUGAAGGCAAAACAACUUUAGCGGAUGGUUCUAAGCUUGUAUACAGAAUACAGGAUGCCACUCCUGAAAUGCAUGAAGAGAUUCUUGACAGACUCAUGAUGGUAUACUUUGUCCGAGAUGAGGAUAUUUGCAAGACAAUUAAUUUAAUGGCAGAUAAAACAUCUAUGGAAGAAACUAGAAUAAUGUGGAAGGAAUCACUACAGCAGAAUGUUGGUCUUGUAGCUAUAAGAGAAUAUCCAGAUGGUCAAGAAGAAAUCAUUGGGACCAAUAUAACAUGUGUUGUCAGCAAAGGGGAGAAAUCAAAUCCUGAUGAGGUGAAAGGUGAGGCAAUGAGAAAAAUUUGGCGUAUGUUGAUGGAGGAUCUACCAAAACAACUUGAUGUAUUUGAGCAUUAUGGGGUGGACCACUACAUGAGUGCUGUGGGACUAACUGUAUUACCAAAAUAUAGAGGACAAAAUGUGGGACUUGAGAUUUUACGUGCUCGAUUUCAACUUGUGAAAGGUGUUGGACUGAAGGCAACAGCAACAGCUUUCACUGCCAUGGCCUCUCAAAAACAAGCACAGCGUGCCGGCUAUGAGUUGUUGACUGAAAUGGUAUAUAAUGAUUACAAGGUAGAUGGAAAAGUUGUCUUCCCAGGGAUGACCACACCAUCAGUGAAAUAUAUGGGCAAAUACAUACCUUGAUGAGCAGAACAUAAACUGUAAUGGUCAUUCAGAAACAAAGUAGCAGAGAAAAUGUGUGUGUGUGUGUGUGUGUGUGUGUGUGUGUGUGUGUGUGUGUGUGUGUGUGUGUGUGUGUUUUCCCCCAGUGUGAGCACUGUACUGGAAAUAUUUGUGUCAUGCUCAGUAAGGUGUUUGGAAAUGUUGCUAUAUUCUCAUAAGUAAUGGUACAAAAUGAAAAUUUAUUAAACAGUAUAAUUCAGUGCAUGACGUCAACUUAUGUGAGUAUGGUGUAUGAAUGAUGUAUUUGAAUUUUCAGCAGACAAAUGUGACUCAAUAAAAUAACAUUGGUAAUUUGUAUUAAACUGACAAAUUUGUAUCAUUGUAAGCUACAUAAGUUCAGAGUAAUAUUUCGCUUUGCAGCUUGUAAAAAUUUCUGCCAAAGUAAUAAAUUACAAGGGGGUUCCUUAAGUUUCAGAUAAAACACAAGAAUGUAACAUUUGUACAGUUUUUCAAUAAACAAUGAAAGCACUCUCUCAGUUCACUAACCAA